AUGCAACCACGAUCGGAUAAACAGCGGCGACACCAGCAAGAAGUCCUUGUGCUGAUCCAGCAGGCGGCGGCCGCGGCCGGCGUGUCCCCGGCGCAGCUCUGCGCCCGCGUCUCGGCGCUUUUCCGCGGGGCCCUGGCGCAGGGCGCCGUCUCCUUCACCGACUUCGUGCGCACCAGCGAGCCGCGGCACUGUCGCGCCGUGCGGCACUUCUGGGCCGCGCUGCGGGAGCGCGGCGCGCUCUACAAGGGCUGCUACGAGGGCUGGUACUGCACGGCCGAGGAGAGCUUCCUGCCCGCCAGCCAGCUCGCCGAGCGCCGCGACGCGCAGGGACGCGCGCUCAAGGUGUCCCUCGAGUCCGGCCACCAGGUGCACUGGACCAAAGAGGAGAAUUAUAUGUUCAGGCUUUCUGAAUUCCAGGAGCCGUUGCGGAAGUGGUUGCGGGACAACCCGCAUGUCAUUUCCCCUGCUCCUUUCUAUCAGCAAGUGCUCCACUGGCUGCAAGAGGACCUGCCCGACCUGUCUGUCUCUCGCGAUAGAAGCCGCUUGCAGUGGGGUAUCCCUGUCCCCAACGACUCGACGCAAACUAUCUAUGUAUGGGUGGAUGCCUUGGUGAACUACCUGAGCGUCCUGGGUUCCCCCGAGACGCACGGUGAGUGGUGGCCCGCCGCACACCACAUUGUGGGCAAGGACAUCCUCAAGUUUCACGCUGUCUAUUGGCCAGCGCUGCUGAUGGCGGCCGGGCUGGCCCCCCCCGAGCGGAUCUUUGUGCACUCCCACUGGACUGUCCAUGGGCAGAAGAUGUCCAAAAGCCUGGGCAAUGUGAUUGACCCUGAUUCUUGUUUUAGGCAGUACACAGUAGAUGGUUUUCGGUACUUCCUGCUCAGGCAAGGUGUGCCUGAGCGGGACUGUGACUAUUACGAUGAGAAGGUUGUGAAGUUAGUGAAUUCAGAGCUGGCAGAUGCGCUUGGGGGACUUCUGAAUCGUUCAACGGCUCUCAGCAUCAAUCCCAGCAACACUUACCCAUGUUUCUCAGAGUCUUGUUUUCCAAAGGUUUCAGAUUAUGGUGGGACACGAGCCUUGGGUAGGGCUUCAACUGAAGACUAUGAGCUUGUGGCGUCUGUGGCUUCUCUGCCUCUGCAGGUGGCCAGUUAUUUUGAAGGUUUCCAGAUCUACAAGGCUUUAGAAUGUAUUGCCCUGUGCGUAAGGGAAACCAACGGUUUCUUCCAGAGACACCAGCCCUGGAAGCUGGACCGUAAAGAGCCUGCAGAGAAGCUCUGGCUUGACACCAUCAUUCACGUUACGCUGGAGUGUCUGCGGGUCUAUGGCACUCUCCUGCAGCCUGUGAUCCCAAGCACUGCCGACAAGCUGCUUUCCAGGCUGUCUGUUGAGCCAGAGGAGCGAAGUCUGUCAGAUUUGACAUUUCUGCCACGCUACAGUGGAAAGCGUUGUCCCUUUGAAGGGAGACAGCUUGGACCUGACACAGGCAUCUUGUUUCACAGGCUGGAGAAGUCCAGACAGUCUCAGGUGAAAAACAAGAGUUCUCUAGUCUCUGACAAAUAGCUUCUGUAAAUAAAAGCCUCCAGGAAAUCCCUGAA